AUGUGGUAUAAUUUCAUUGAAAGAGAAAACAAGACCCCAGGAUCAUUAUCUUCAUUGAUUCCAAUGCUUGCAGCAUUAGUUCUUUUAAUCUUUGCAUUAGCAAGUAGUGCUAAUGAUUCAAAACCACUUUUAAAUAUUUAUAUGAUGGAAAUUGAUAUAUCAAAUAUUAAUUGGGAUAAAGUUAUAUCAACAGAUUCUUCAAUUGUUAAAUCAAAUUGGCAAAGUGAAGAAAAAAUUCAAAGACAUGGAUUAUUUUCUCAAUGUAUUGGUAAAGAAACUAGAGAUUCAUUUGAAGUUAAAGAAUGUGAUAUUUUUAGAAGAGCUUUUGAUAUUAAAUAUUUUAUUGCUAAAUCAAUUAGAAAUGUUCAAGGUUCAUGGGUCAAGGAUCCAUCUGAUUUGAAUUUACCUAAAGGUGCAAUAGUUUCAAAUAGUGUUCCAGGAGCUGCAAUUGCAUUUUUGGUAAUGUCAACAGUUUGGGUUGGAUUAAGUGUAAUUUUCAAUAUUUUAGAUGUUAAAUAUACUUAUAUUAUCAAAUUUCUUUCAGUUUUAGCAUUAUUCAUAUCAAAUUUAAUUACAAGUAUCGUGGCGAGAAGAGUUGUUAAUUCUUUAAAUGAUCACCAGGAUGAAUAUGGUAUUAAAGGUUCAAUUGGACAAGGUUGGUUAAGAAUUGUUUGGGUUGCUUUUGGUGUUUUAGUAUUUGCAUUUAUUAUUGAAUCAGGAUUGAAUUUAUAUUAUACUAAAUACAAAAACAGAGGUAAACAAAAUGAUCAAGAUGAUAGAAGAACAAGUGAAUUAACAAAUGUUUCAAGUUGGAAUAAUAAAAAUGAACCUAUUGGUGAUUCAAAACGUGAAAUUGUUUAA